AUGUCCAAACCAGCAACAAACACAAAGACGCCUACUCCCUCUAACCCCUCCUCUCUAAAGCCCCGCUAUGAGAUCCGUAAACUAGAACCCAAAGAUCUGCUCUGGGCGACCGCCAUCCUAGCCCACAGCCACGGUUUCCACUCCGCCAUCUGGCAGCACAUAUGGCCCGACAAAGCACUCGGCCGCUGGACACUAGAAAGCGCCAAGAAGCUCGAGUACCUCGUAGCCCACCAAAUCGACUCUGGCCUGUCCUACGGCGUCUUCGACACAGAAUACGAAUUCAAAACCGCAGAGGCGAAAGAGGCAGGCGGGAAGCUAUUCUGGGAUGUCAACGAACCGGAGGAAAAUAGCGUGGAGCAAACCCAAGGACGGAAAGCAGAGGGCUUGAGACUACUCCGGCAAAUGGACUUUCCGAUGGUUAGUAUAGCGUUGUCGUACGACGGCUUCGUCCCUCUCGAUCCCGCAAAGAUGGGCCCGGUAGACGAAGCGAUACCAGAGUUCGGUCUGCUCUUCAGCACUCUACAGAAGCUCGACCCGAGGGAUCCAGCGGAGUGGAAGGCUACCGCACCAGGUCAGGUGCUGAUGCGCAAUGCGACGUCUACACGCCACGAUUAUGAGGGCGAGGGUGUUGCGUCAGGCGCGGCGCGUUGGCUGCGGCGCGAGGCCAAGUUGAUGGGGUUUAGGGGUAUCCAGAUUGAGUGCAUUGCGGAUGCUGUGACGCAUCUUUGGAGCGAUGGUGUGGAAGAGCCGUUUAAGGGGAGGGUGGUCAGUGAGUUUGAUACGGAGACUUGGGAGGAUGAGGAGGGACAAAGGCCAUUUGGUUUGGCGAGGCAGAGAUGUACUAAGUGUUGGGUUGAUCUGUAG